GGGUGAGUGGGUGGGUGAGUGGGCCGAGGGGUGCUUCAAACUGGAGGGAAACCUACCCACGGCCCCGCGUCUCGGGUAUCCCAGGCUGUUGUACCAGCCGUCGAAGCGAGGAACCUCCCAGGCUUUUUCACAUCGCGACUCUGUUGAAGACAAGCCGAGUUUUUUUUUUUUUUUUACAGGUUGUCCGGCUCGCUGGCGGUGAUGUGACUCCAAUCGCUGCGCACUUACCUUCACUGACUAUGAGCACCAAGCCGAGCGCCGCGCAGAUACUCCAAACCCGGUUACGCAAAUCCAUCGAAGCGCGAGAUGCUCCUCUGCAGCCGAGGGGAGCGAAGGGCUUUGGAGGAAAGUGAAGACAGGCCGAAGGUAACAGACGUUUAUUAUAAUAAUUGUAUAAGAUCUCUGCAUAAUACACCUUGUUGGUUUAACAAGACAUGUUUGCUGGAUCAGCUUGUGUUAGGAAGGAGGAGAUGCAGUAGUUGAGUCUUACCUGGCGGAGAGGCUGGCGGGUAGUAGUACAGUAGUAGGUGCGGUGCAGAGAGAUAAGAGCAGGCGAAGGCUGGUGUGAUACCUAAAGCUGACCAGUGUCGCACAUCUAAUCACAAACUGCAAGAGACAUGCCUCGCCAAAGGUGGGAAUGGGCAUGACUUCUUGAUCACACCUCUUUGAAUUCCGGUCAACGCAUCCUCCUCCUCGGGGAAACAAAAGGGGCAGUCGGUAUAAAAGAAGUGUGAGUUCCCCUAGAUGUUCACUCUCCUCCUGCUGUACUCGCCUUGCAUCCUUCAGUCUCAGUCGGGAGCUAAGAUGACUUUCUACGAUGACAUUUACCCAUUCUACCCGCUACAAAGGACCUCCUUUAUCUUCAGUGGCUGCUUGCUCACCGUUAUCCUGGUUUUUCUCGUGCUGGCAGCGAGUCUUCUUCUUAUCCUGCCAGGGAUACGAGGGAAGUCGAGGCUGUUCUGGAUGUGUCGAAUAAUUAUUAGCUUGUUCAUCGGAGGGGUGAUAGUCGCGCUCAACUUCACCAGCGACUGGGCCGAGGCCAGGAUGACCACUAAUGCCACCUACAAGUCAUUCAGCAACGCUGUGGUUAAUGCUGACAUCGGCCUGCAUGUCGGACUCUACGGCAUUAAUGUGACACUCAAGGGGAACCCCGUGGUUCAGUUCAACGAGACCAUUGACUACAACGAGAUGUUCAGCUGGCACGACACGAUGGAGGAAGAGUACGGGGAAGCCCUGGAGAGAGGCUUGCCCAACCCCAUCCUGUACAUCGCGGAGAAAUUCACCCUGAGCAGCCCGUGUGGACUCAUCUUUCAGUACAGAUACUCUGGACGAUACGCCUCUGCGACCCUCUGGACGGCGUUUUGCUGCUGGUUGCUAGCGAAUAUCCUCUUCACCAUGCCGGUCAUUCUGUACGCCGGGUACAUGAUGAUGGCCACCGCGGCCUUCAUCUUCUUCUCCAUGGCGUCCUUCUCCACCAUCAUGAAUGCACCGCAGUGUGUUUUCUGCAUAGGAACGGACUCGUUUGAAAUCAAUUACAGCCAUUCGUUCUGGCUGGCUCUGGCUACAGGUUUGCUGUGCGCCGUCAUCGGGAUUCUGGUGUCGACGUUGGACUUUCUAAUGCCAGAGAGAAUGAAAGAGGCCUUCAGUGUUGGCGUCGACACUUAUGAGGACGAGGAUGUGUGUUAUGGGGAGGGCUACUUGAAUACGCUCUUUCUUGACGGAGUGACAGUUUUACCACUCACAUCGAAUGUCACAGCGGAGCACACAUGAAGCCGUCGUGGUUUCCCUCUCGGAAUUAAGUUAAUACUUGAAGAUAUUUCUGCUGAAUGUGUUUGAAUGCUCUAUGAGUUACAAGAUUCUACUGUAAAUAGUUGUGUAGGUCAAGUUCAUUAUCAUGGUGCAGUGACUGUGAAGGAUGUAAUUUUGUAUGGGAUCCAUGCACUGUGUAUGUACGAAUCAAUUCAGAUUAUACGUCUAAUUCUUUUUCCAUUGUGAGGUUGAAAACAUGGUCUAAUUUGUACAUAGUUUGUGGUUGAAGCAUCUGAUAUCCGCAUAUGGGAAAAAAAGAGUAUAUAACAAGAGUAUGAA